CCCCUUGUUUUCUCACUCAAGCCAAACCUUACCUCACCUCGCCGCCUCCUUUUCAUUCUCUCUCUAGAGAUAAAACACUCUCUCUCUACAUCACGCAAAAAUGGCCGUUAACCUUCUAUCCUUCCGACCUACUGGAUUCCGAGUAUGUGCCACCUCCGGCCACCCGAAUGACUCGCAUCGCCGGAGAAAUUCUUCCUCUAAUUGGUGGACCCCGCUCUUCGGGAUAUCCUCCGAACCCGACUAUAUUGACUCCAAGUCCAAUGCCUCGGCAGAAACGCACACCAAGUCGAUGUCGGAUCCUGAACCGAAACCGUCCAGAUCUAAGUUUCAACCCGGUUGUUUCACCGAAGACAAGGCCAAACAGCUCCGGAUGAUGACCACCAACACGGGCUCGUUUCAUGACAUCAUGUAUCAUUCGGCGAUCGCUUCUCGGCUAGCUUCCGAGUUCUCAACCGGGUCCGAUCUGUAAAUCUAAGGCCACGACGGCUGGUUUUGCAGGGGGCGAGUCAAGGCUAGGGUUUCAAUUUGUCGACUUUAUUUUAUUCUCAAGUUUGGCAGGUGUUUCUCUCUCUACAAAUUUCUUUUUUCUUUUUAAUGUAAUUUUCCCCAAUUUGAAUGUUAUGUUAUUCCCACCUGUUAGAAACUGGGAUAUUGAUAAUGGUGGUGAUGUAAUCCUGAAGUGAUCUAUUUCUAUGGUUACUUAUAAACAAUGUAUAUUACUCCUUGGAGUGCUAUAUAAGUAUAAAUUAAUUAUUUGAUUUAA